UAGAACAUUAGUUGAAAAGUAGCUCCGGCCAUGGCUGCUGACUUGCUUUUUCUUAUCUUCUUUCUUUGCACCAUAACCCUCUCUCUAGCCAGCGUAAACAUAGACUGUGGAACGUCAUUGCCGGGCGUAGACAACAACAACCUAAAAUGGGUCGGAGACAACGACUUCAUCACAUCCGGAGAUUCGGCCACCAUUUUGUCCACCACGGUCGAGAAAUCUCUCACCACACUCCGGUACUUUCCUACUGGCGACACCAAUUGCUACUCCGCCAUUCCGGUUACAAAAGGUGGAAAAGUUCUUGUGAGAACGAUGUAUUACUACGGGAACUACGACGGGGAGUCCUCAACUCCAACCUUCAGCGUAGUGUUUGAAGGGAAACACCGAGGCAUUGUAUCGAUAUCCUCGGCAUUUGAACCGUACAUUUUAGAGCUGAUAUUUUCUCCGGCCAGCGGAGAAACCAGCGUUUGCUUUGUGCGUACGUCUUCCUCAUCGAACCCUUUUGUAUCAUCCAUUGAAGUUGUCGAUUUGGCCGCUGGCAUGUAUGAUGAGCUCGGUCCUGGUGAAGGUUUAUUUUACCAACAACGACGUGCGUAUGGUGCAACAGAAGUUCUAAGAUCGGAUCUUCAAGGUAGGUUUUGGCUUCCGACCGAGAUAAACUUAUUGGUCACAGGAAUACCGUCCACGGCUGUAACGAUCGAUACAUCUGGUGCAUCAAACAAGCCGCCUGAGUCUGUCCUCCGCAAUUCUUGGACCGGGGAAGGCUUAGCAUUAGUCGACCCCACUCUUCCUUCAGAAGGAGUUCCGGUUUACUUGGCUAUGUAUUUCUCGGAGCCUCUCCAGUCGAGUGUACGAUCGUUCAACAUUUUCUUUGGUGGUAAGCAAGUUGGAAAGGGUCCAGUUGUGCCUGUGUUUGGAAAAACUACGCAAGUGGUCGUGAGAGAUGUGUUGGCCAGCUCAAGCACCCUACUGGUGCUCCACUCCACCGCUAGUGCGCUUUUACCGCCCAUGAUAAAUGCAGCCGAGCUUUAUGUGAUAAGUAAGGGUACAAGCGAAGGCGGAAGCGGAUCAGGAUCAGGUGGAAGCGGAGGAGGAGGAGGAGGAGGAGGAGGAUCUGGGGGCAGUGGAUCCGGAUCUGGUUAG